UGAUUUUACAAUAUUAUUAUAUCAUAAUACAUACGAUAACGAAGUAUUUAAUUUUUAUUUGUGAUCGUAAUCUGUGUCUUGAAAAUAUUAAUUAAUUCAUCAUAUGGAAACGAUAAAACGCAAAUGCAAAGGAUUUAGAUUCUGCCGUUACAUCUUUUGAGUCGAAGAUGCCAAAGUCAAAAGAAUAUGUGUCUGAUAGCGAUGAUAGCAGCGAGGAGGAAGUACAGUCAAAGAAAAAGAAACGACAGGAUGAAGACGAGAAACCAGUAACAAAAAAGCCGAAAAAAGAAGAAGAAGAAACUAUCUGGGAUUUGGGAAAUAAUCGUCAAGUGAAUGUCAGGGAUUUCAGAGGCAAAUAUUACGUAGAUAUCCGAGAAAUGUAUUAUGACAAAGAGGGCGAUUUGAAACCUGGCAAAAAAGGAAUAUGCUUAACCAUGCAACAAUGGCGAAAAUUUAUGAAUGUUGUGGAAGAGGUAGAUAAAGUGGCAAAAUCAAAGUGUUAAGAGUUCUCUUUUCCUUAUAUCUAAAAUGUUUCUUUUAUAUUCAUGAUUUUUCUGAGAUAUGUUAAAAUUUUGAAAAAAUAAAUAAUUGUACAUUUUUUUAUGUAUCAAAUUACACAUAGAUGAUAGAGUAAAACUACAUAAAAUGUAAUACUAUUUAAAAAAUGUAACUGUGUUUAAGAAAAAAUAACAUUUACUGCUGGUUUGUAAAAAAUAAAUAAAAUAUUUUCUUUUAUA